AUGGCGGGACUCUUAUUGCAACAGGGUCCCAGCCCUGUAAAAGCUCUGACAAUACCUCCCAACCUCACCGGCUACUACCGCUUCGUCUCGCAGAAGAACUUGGAGGACUACCUGCAAGCCCUGAACCUCAAUGUGGCUCUGCAGAAGAUCACGCUGCUGCUGAAGCCAGACAAGGAGAUCGACAACCAGGGCCCCCACAUGACAGUGAAGAUCCUCAGUGCCUUCCGCAACUACAUUCUGAAAUUCGAGGUGGGAGUUGAGUUUGAGGAGGACCUGAGGAUCGUGGAUGGACGAAAAUGCCAGACCAUAGUAACCUGGGAGGGGGAGCAAUUGGUGUGUGUGCAGAAAGGGGAGGUCCCCAACCCGGGCUGGAGGCACUGGGUGGAGGGAGAGAAGCUGUACCGGGAACUGAUGGCCAGGGAUGCAGUGUGUGAGCAGGUCUUCCAGAAGGUCAAAUAG